AAAACGAAUCUCGCCGGAAGAUCACGGCCGCAAUCUUACAAUCCCUGUAGACAGCAAACAUCGAAUCCAAUCUACCACCGCGUCAAAAUGAAAUUGUCCAUCGCCACUCUCGUCGCCCUUCCGGCCGCCACCGUCGCUCUUUCCUCGAAAGCCCCCGCCGCGCGCAAUCCGUCGCCGGUCAUCAAGGCCAUGGCCAACGGCAUGACGCUCCUAAAGCCCGUCUUUGGGGUCGAGGCCAAGAUCCAGGCCUCCGUCCUCGGGGGAAGCGUCGACGAGGCCUCGGUCUCGGAAGAAAUCGCCUCGGAGAUCAAGUCCAACGACGUGGUCAUCUACACCUACGGGCUCUCCCCGUUCUCGUCGGAGGCCACGGCCAUCCUCGAUGCUACCGGCUGCAGCUACGACAAGAUCGAGCUCGGAGCCGAGUGGUUCUUGCUCAACGGAAAGGACUCCGUCAAGCGCGUCCUUCUCUCGGAAUGCGUCGACAACGGGGCCACGUCCCUGCCCAAGGUCUUUGUCAAGGGGGAAUGCAUCGGGGGAUGCGCCGAGCUCGCCGAGAGCGUGUCGACCGGGACCUUUGACGAGCUCUUGAAGAAGGGAAGCAGCACUCAGGGCAAAAAGAAGAGUUUCCUCCCCUUCUUCUAAACAAAGCACAAUAGAGUAUAAUAUUAUAG